CUUCUUAGCAGUAAGUUGGUUCGAGCACCAAAUUCUCAAACCUCAGGGUCGUUUAUGGUAAAGGCUGUUUUGGGUACUAUCAAUGGAUUGGGCAGUCGGAGCUAAUUAUUAUUUACUACGAGCUGUUCAAACACACGGAAAAGACUGGGAUAUUGUUUGCAGCUCCUUGAAAGCUCUUUCUAAAACGUUUCUGAAGAAGGAAAAUCUACAGGGCCUCUCGAAACAGAGUUGUUCACUACAAUACAACUACAUCAUAGCCUCCACCCGUCAAAAAAACCCUGGUGACCUCACCGAGAAUCAGCUGCUGACUAUUUCGCUUGAUCACUAUACCACAUUGCGGCGUGAGCAGCUACAUGCUGUUAGGUUAGAAAUUUUAAGAACUUUAAAGAUUGCAGAAGAAGAUGCGGAGAAGUUGCGACAGGCCGGGUACUCCGAAAUUCCCUCGGACCGACUCAUGAUUUAUAGAAAGAGAUGUCGUGAGUCCGGGAUACCUGAUAAAAUAGGUCAAUGCCUGAAUCUGGAACCUCUUUCUCCUGCUCCUGAGAAGGACAAUAAGGUAUCCGAGGUGUUUCCUACGUCACCUAAACGUCCAAAAACAGAAAUUGCAAAAGAAUUGGUGGACAAAGAUGGUGGUAUUUGGCUUCCUGUAAGGUCGACGCGUAUUUCCCACUUGUUUGAGGAAAACCCAUUAGAUGACCACCAUGAUCACAUUGCGAAAUUUAUGCGAGAACAAAGUGUCAUUUCCCAACGACUUGGUUUUGAAGGACGGAAUGAGGAGAUAUCAAGUCUGGAUACAACAUCAUCGGUUCAAACUCAUUCAGAAGCUGCAAGUAUUCAUAGUCAAGAAGUCAGAACCGAAGAUCCACCACGACCGUGUGAACCUCUCACACAUUUCGACCAUGGUUCUAGUGAAACUGAAUUACAAGGAGGUCCCUCCAAGUGUUUAGAGGUCCACGCUGAACCAAUCACACCUAAUAGUCCGACAAUAGUAAGUGAUUCCGAGACACUGGCUUCUCCACAUUUUACUCAAAGUCUUAAUUCAAGUCCUUCACUAAGCAACAUCGAAGUACAGUCCCCAUAUUCGAGAAGUGCCAAUCGUAACCGAAAGCGUUCAGCAAAACGGAAAGACCUACCUCCAAGUGCUUCUACUACUACUGCUCCAAUGGCGUAUCAAAAUCAAGAACCAGAAUUCACUUCAGCUCUCAGUCCAGCAGUAUCAACUAACUUGGCUAACGAAGAAUGUACAGAUACAAUCCAGUCGACACAUACUAUUGUCCGUCGGUGGCGCCGAUCUCUAUUAUCAGCACUCUCCACAGUAUGCAGUCAUCGUCAUGCUUAUGUGUUCAUGCAUCCUGUAACUGAAGAUAUCGCUCCAGGAUAUAGUACGGUUGUUUAUGAACCAGUGGACUUAACUUCUAUUCGGCGCCGCAUGGAGUUAUCACUCAGUUGUUUGAUUGGUGCUCAACCGUGUACAGCUUCAAAUUCACCUGUUUCGUGUAGUCAAGUUAUUAUAGAUGUUGCAACACGUUUCAUACGAGAUCUUUUGUUGAUGUUUGUGAAUGCAAGAAUAUACAACAGCCGAAACCAUGAAGUUCAUCGAAUGGCUGGGGAAAUGUACCAUGAUGUGAUUAGUGAACUUCAACUUCCCUGGUCAAUCAUGGCUGAAAACAUUCCAGGCUUCCCAAGUCUUCCUGAUAUCACCUCAUAUCUCAAAACGUCACCUGGAACAAUAGUACAUCAGACGCCGAGUUCAGAAGACGCUAGUCCUUCUCAUUCUGCCUCAGUUGUCCUUAGGGAAGAUGAAUCAAGCGGCAGCAAGCAGUGCACUGUUCCAGAUGUCAAACAACUUGAACGUCCUACUCCUGAGGUAAUGAAGAAAUUUGCUAAUUGAUAUUUUUCGUUAUAUUGCUGUCAUGAAUGUAGCGACUGUAUUGCGCAAUAGCACUAGAAUUGAAAGAGUAGGAACUCCGAUGCCGGACUUAGACGCACUGAUCGCGAAUACAGCUUGACUACGCUAACACCCUUAUCCGUCAGUCCACUGUACUUAAACGAGUACACAGUGAUGUGAGAUGGAAAGUAUAUUUAACGGUAUCCGUAUAAGAAGCAAGAGUACCAAAGAAGACAAUGGUAUAUGUAUAUAUAUGUAUGACCAGUGGUGUAUGCGUGAGAGACUGUAAGCGAGACUGACUUUGAUCUCCAUCUCACCGUAAUCAUGUAACAUGUGAUUUGUCUUUGUUUGACUACAUAUCAAUUACCACAAGUCUUAAAUGAUCGUUGAGUGGUAACUAAUAUAGCCACCUGAUCCUAAGUGUGUUGAUGAAAAUCUAUCUAUGGUUAGACAUAAAUUCACUGUAAUCUCGUCACCUGAAUAUCCGUAUAAAUUUGUGAUAGCCUGAUGAGACUACUGAUUCUGAUAUUAGAAGCUGGUUAUUCAAUGUAAGAGGUAACUAAACUAAUUUAGACUGACAUGGUAAUUGGACUGCUCAUGUUCUGUAGAAUUAUUCACGCGAUUCUUCUUCGAGUUAAUGAUGACUUUUCUGUAGUAAAUUGCUUACCCUUUACUCAGAAAAAUGUAACCCAGGUAAUUUUAUUUUUGACAAUUUAACGGUAAAUCAGUAGUCAGUGAAAGAUUGUAGAUAAGGCUCUUGGACAAUCAGUCAUUUCUCACUAAUUAGUGUGAGGCUUCGGUUUUUCCCUUUAUUGCAGAAUUACUUUCAUUAUUGAUUAAGUCAGGCUAAGAGUUACCGAUUAAAUUCUUCAUCUGUGUGUUAUCAUAUUGUUUGUUAUAUGUAGGAAAGUGACUGUGCAAAUCAAGGCGAUGGCGAAUCGCAAUAGCAUAUUGAGGUAAUUGACAGUUUCUCUUAUCUUCUCUACGUCGAAUUGCCUGUUUAAAGUUAAUUUUAUCGUUAGGUUUUGUGUUAUUUUAUCGGAUUUGUCAUUCAUUCUGGAUACUUCUAUUGAUUGGAGUUGUAGGCAGGAGUUAGAUUUACUUGGUUCAUCAUUAAAUUAUCCUGGUAGUGUAUAUGGGGACAUGCUUUUCAACAUUAUGUGGUCCGUGCGACGGUGUGAACAGUUUUAAUGAAAGCAGUACUGCAAAACCUGUAAAAGUAUACUUCGUUAAUCCAGUUCCUGUCUUGCUAUACAAUUAUGGCAUCUUCAGUAUCUGUUUAAAUUGUACUGCUUUACAUGACAAUAUAAUUGAUGUUUUGGCAGCAUAUGUUGGCUGAUUGUUUUGUAAUUGACUUCAUCUGAAUAACAUUGAUUAGGGAAGUAGAGUAUUAUGUGAUUUUUAUUGAAUUGUACAUUGAGAGGAAGAAAUCACAAGCUGGUUGUCGCAAAAAUUAGUUCUGAACUACUUAAAUAAGCAUUUUGUUUUUCUUGUUGAAUUUUUUAGGUUGCUUCUCCAACCAGUCCUGUGUCACGUGAAUGCCGUCAGCCGUCAGGAAAUGAUUCUGCAGACGGUAGUGUAACAACAAGAAACAAAUAGAUCGGUUUUUGUUUACAUCAUUAUUUACGCGCCUAUAUUCCUAUAUAUAUGUGUAUCGAUAUUUCACACUAGACCGUAUGCAGCGAAUGGAGAUAUGAAAUAUUUGACGGUAAACUGAUUCAAAACAAGCAGUUACAGUUAAUAAUAUAGUGUAAGUGUGUGGUCAGUGAUACGCGUUAUCAUCAGGACAAUAGUGAGAAGUGAUCACACAUCUGAACCUAAUAUCUAAUAGCAACUUGAUGGACUAAGUUGAAUGAUGUCUUGUAACCAAUUCAAGGAGAAGACGGUGUGGCGAUGGAUAUCAUUUCUUAGUGCAAAUGCUUAUUUCUCAAACAGCAAAUAAUUAACGAUUUGAAGUCUACUGGAAUGACAUUUGUAACACAUGCCGAAGCCAGCAUUUCAAGUGGCCUGCUUAAACCUUGGGUUAACAAAAUAUUCCAUCACUAUGUUGUACCUCAUUUGCCUUGUUUAUCCUUCUUUUAACCUGUUAAAAUAUAACUUCUAGUCGCAUUGUUUGUUGUCGCAAUACUUUUGAUUAGCACGUUUCCUCUAAACAUAAGGAGCAGC